CAGUGCAGGCUCCGGGCGCCGCGCAGAGGAGGCUGCCGCUCUGGCUCGCCGCCCCCCGCUGCCGCUCCGCACCAGGUCCCCGCAGCCGCGCCGCGGGCCAUGGACCUGCCCAGGGGCCUCCUGGUGGCCUGGGCCCUCAGCUUGUGGCCAGGAUUCACAGACACCUUCAACAUGGACACCAAGAAGCCCCGAGUCAUCCCCGGGUCCAGGGCCGCCUUCUUUGGCUACACGGUGCAGCAGCAUGACAUCAGUGGCAAGAAGUGGUUGGUUGUCGGCGCUCCACUGGAAACCAAUGGCCACCAGAAGACGGGAGACGUGUACAAAUGUCCGGUGACCCAAGGGAACUGCACCAAGCUCAACCUGGGAAGGGUCACCCUAUCCAACGUGUCUGAGAGAAAGGACAACAUGCGUCUCGGCCUGAGCCUGGCCACCAACCCCAAGGACAACAGCUUCCUGGCCUGCAGCCCCCUCUGGUCUCAUGAGUGUGGGAGUUCCUACUACACCACAGGAAUGUGUUCCCGAGUCAACUCCAACUUCAGGUUCUCCAAGACCGUGGCCCCAGCUCUUCAAAGGUGCCAGACCUACAUGGACAUCGUCAUUGUCCUGGAUGGCUCCAAUAGCAUCUACCCCUGGGUGGAGGUUCAGCACUUCCUCAUCAACAUCCUGAAGAAGUUCUACAUUGGCCCUGGGCAGAUCCAGGUUGGAGUUGUUCAGUACGGAGAAGAUGUGGUCCAUGAAUUUCACCUCAAUGACUACCGGUCUGUAAAAGAUGUGGUGGAAGCUGCCAGCCACAUCGAGCAGAGAGGAGGAACAGAGACCCGGACGGCAUUUGGCAUUGAAUUUGCUCGCUCAGAGGCUUUCCAGAAGGGCGGAAGGAAAGGGGCCAAGAAGGUGAUGAUUGUCAUUACGGAUGGGGAGUCCCACGACAGCCCGGACCUGGAGAAAGUGAUCCAGCAAAGUGAGAAGGACAACGUGACCAGAUAUGCUGUGGCCGUCCUGGGCUACUACAACCGCAGGGGGAUCAACCCAGAAGCUUUUCUAAAUGAAAUCAAGUACAUCGCCAGUGACCCGGAUGACAAGCACUUUUUCAAUGUCACGGACGAGGCAGCCCUGAAGGACAUUGUCGAUGCCCUGGGGGACAGGAUCUUCAGCUUGGAAGGCACGAAUAAGAACGAAACCUCCUUCGGGCUGGAGAUGUCUCAAACGGGCUUUUCCUCUCACGUGGUGGAGGACGGGAUUCUGCUGGGAGCCGUUGGCGCCUAUGACUGGAACGGAGCUGUGCUGAAGGAGACCAGCAGCGGGAAGGUCAUUCCUCUCCGCGAAUCCUAUUUGAAGGAGUUCCCAGAGGAGCUCAAGAACCAUGGCGCGUACCUGGGGUACACAGUCACGUCGGUCGUGUCCUCUGGGCAGGGGCGGGUGUAUGUGGCCGGAGCCCCCCGGUUCAACCACACAGGCAAAGCCAUCCUGUUCACCAUGCACAACAACCGGAGUCUCACCAUCCACCAGGCCCUGCAGGGCGAGCAGAUAGGCUCUUACUACGGGAGUGAGAUCACCUCGGUGGACAUCGACGGCGAUGGCGUGACUGAUGUCCUACUGGUGGGCGCGCCCAUGUACUUCAGCGAGGGUGGAGAGCGGGGCAGAGUGUACAUCUACAACCUGAGACAGAACCAGUUUGUUUAUGAUGGAACCCUGGAGGACUCGCACAAUUACCAGAAUGCCCGCUUCGGCUCCUCCAUCGCCUCGGUCCGGGACCUCAAUCAAGAUUCCUACAACGACGUGGUGGUGGGAGCCCCUCUGGAGGACAACCACGGAGGAGCCAUCUACAUCUUCCAUGGCUUCCAAGGCAGCCUCCUGAAGACCCCAAAGCAGAGAAUUGCCGCCACAGAGCUGGCGCCAGGCCUCCAGUAUUUUGGCUGCAGCAUCCAUGGGCAAUUGGACCUCAACGAAGAUGGGCUCGUGGACCUGGCAGUGGGCGCCCUUGGCAACGCCGUGAUUUUGUGGUCCCGCCCUGUGGUUCAAAUCAAUGCCAGCCUCCACUUCGAGCCAUCCAAGAUCAACAUCUUUCACAGGGAUUGCAAACGCAGCGGCAGAGACGCCACCUGCCUGGCCGCCUUCCUCUGCUUCACACCCGUCUUCCUGGCACCCCAUAUCCAAACAGCAACUGUCGGCAUCAGGUAUAACGCCACCAUGGAUGAGAGGCGGUACACACCCAGAGCCCACCUGGAUGAGGGCGGGGACCGAUACACCAACAGGGCUGCCCUGCUCUCCUCUGGCCAGGAGCAUUGUGACCGGAUCAACUUCCAUGUGCUGGACACGGCUGACUACGUGAAACCAGUGACCUUCUCAGUCGAGUAUUCCCUGGUGGACCCCGACUACGGCCCCAUGCUGGACGACGGCUGGCCCACGACCCUCAGAGUCUCGGUGCCCUUCUGGAAUGGCUGCAAUGAGGAUGAGCACUGUGUCCCUGACCUCCUGCUGGAUGCCCGCAGUGACCUGCCCACAGCCAUGGAGUACUGCCAGAGGGUGCUGCGGAAGCCCGCCCAGGACUGCUCUGCUUACACGCUGUCCUUUGACACCACGGUUUUCAUCAUAGAGAGCACGAGGCGGCGCGUGGCCGUGGAGGCCCUGCUGGAGAACAAGGGCGAGAACGCCUACAGCACAGUCCUCAAUAUUUCACAGUCGGCAAACCUGCAGUUUGCUAGCUUGAUCCAGAAGGAUGACUCGGACGGCAGCAUCGAAUGUGUGAACGAGGAGAGGAAGCUCCACAGGAAAGUCUGCAACGUCAGCUACCCCUUCUUCCGGGCCAAGGCCAAGGUGGCUUUCCGCCUCGAUUUUGAGUUCAGCAAAUCCGUCUUCCUGCACCACCUGGAGAUCCAGCUCACAGCCGGCAGUGACAGCGAUGAGAAGGAGAGCACUAAGGAAGACAACACAGCCCUCCUGCACUUCCACCUCAAGUAUGAGGCCGAUGUCCUCUUUACCAGGAGCAGCAGCCUGAGCCACUACGAGGUCAAGCCCAACAGCUCGCUGGAGAGAUACCAGGGCAUCGGGCCUCCCUUCAACUGCAUUUUCAAGAUCCAAAACCUGGGCUUGUUCCCCAUCCACGGAGUGAUGAUGAAGAUCACCGUUCCCAUCGCCACCAGGGGUGGCAACCGGCUGCUGCUGUUGAGAGACUUCUUCACUGAUCAGGCCAACACAUCCUGUAACGUCUGGGGGAACAGCACUGAGUACCGGCGCACCCCGACAGAGGAAGACUUGAGUCGUGCCCCACAGCUGAAUCACAGCAACUCUGAUGUCGUCUCCAUCAACUGUAACGUGAGGCUGGCCCCCAACCAGGAAAUCAAUUUCCAUCUGCUGGGGAACCUAUGGUUGAGGUCCCUAAAAGCACUCAAGUACAAGUUGAUGAGAAUCACGGUCCUCGCAGCCUUGCAGAGGCAGUUCCACAGCCCUUUCAUCUUCCGAGAGGAGGAUCCCAGCCGCCAGAUCACGUUUGAGAUCUCCAAGCAAGAAGACUCCCAGAUCCCCAUCUGGAUCAUCGUGGGCAGCACCCUGGGGGGCCUCCUGCUGCUGGCCCUGCUGGUCCUGGCGCUGUGGAAGGCCCCUAGUUCCUGUAGGACCCCAUGGGACAACAGAUCUGCAUUCUGCGCUGUCCUCCCUCCCUCAAGCUGCCUGCCCAUGGCUCCAGAGACACCCCACCCCUUCCCCAGGCUGGAGGUAGGUCCCCGGAGGCCCCCUGAGUGAGAAGCUUGGCGAUGACAGCUGCUGGCCCCGGAUGAAGACAGACUCUGGGAUGCAGAGAAUGUGACAGACGGGCCGCUGGGGCUUAGGAGACAGGGUGCCCACCGAGAUGGGGAGGUGGGUGGGCCCUCCCCCUCCCCUCCCCCCGACCCCCACCCCCACCACGCUUUCACACUGACCUCCACCCCCUCCCCCUCCCACAGUGCUCACAGCCACUGCCGGCCUGUGACUCCCACUCCUCCACUGCUUUUGUUCAGGGUGCCCUGCUGAAGCGUGCAGACGGCACAAUCCCCAGGGCUUCAUGCUUCCCUACACAAUGGCCUGGCCCAGAGGCAAGGGUAGGGGUGGGGAGCCUCCCCUCUCUGCUUCGCCUCCUCCCUCCACACACGCACCCCCCCUCCCAUCCCCCCCUUCCGCCCAUCAUCACCCGUGCCGAGAGAAGGGCUGGAUCGGCGCUGAGAGCUCCUCUCUGGAAAGCACAGAUAAAGCUGGUGCAGGGACCUCUGGAGCCUGUGCAACCUCGGUGGCAAAUGUCCGAUCUGCCAGCCCAUGGGACGAAUGGUAUCACCAAUGAUGGCACCCCGAGGACAAGAGGCACACCUGGUGCCCAGCCAAGUAAUUUAUGCCUUAACUUUGUUUUGAGGUAGCAGUGAAAGGGGGAUACAUCAAAGGCAUCUGUCCCCUGUCACACAGUACGACCUUUACUGUCGUAAAUAUUUUUAAGAAAUUAUAAAAAAAAAAAAAUACAGUGUUUAAAAACAACCAAGAGGCU